CUCUGUUAAUGGUUCUUCAUUCAGGAACAAAAUAUUGCUUUUCUGGCUGACCAAGGCUGACUUCAGAAACUCCUGCAUCUCUGUGUUAAGGUUUCCUUUUAGUCUUCUCUUCUAGGUGCUUUCCAAACAUAUCACUUUUGCAGAUAUCACCAGUUAGCCAGCCAUGCUGAUCCUGUCCUGUGCCUCCAAGUUGCAGUUUCUGGAGGGCGUGCUGAGAAGGAGCCUGCCUCAGACACUUCCUAUUUAUGGGGCAGUGAUGCACAUCAACCGUGGAAACCCUGUUCAGCAUGAAGUGGUAGUAGACUCUUGGCCUGAGUUUAAAACUGUCCUUACACGUCCACGUAAAGGGGUGAUUAAAAACAAAUUGGAUUUUUAUGCCAAUUUGCAUGCUGCUUUCUAUUCAGACAUGGACAGCUGUCAAGCUCUCUUGGAAAAUGAGGACAGCAUUGAUUGGGGCAGAGCCUUUCAGAUGCAAGUUUUCCAAGAUGGGGUAAAUGAAAUCAUCCAAGAUAUAGCGAAGACCAGAGGUGUCCAUCUGAAGACAUACAAUUACGUAACACUGACGCAUCCAAACCCAUCUACUCUAUCUGAGGGCCGAUUCAAAAGUGACCUCCUCCACUUUGGCACCCUUAAGCCAUCCCAUGCAUCCUCGCUCAAUGAUGUUUGGGACUUUGGGGGCAAUGAUCGGAGCCUGUGUUAUCUGGAAAGCUUGAUCCGCAACUUCCCUAGUGCUUGCCUCCUAGAUAAGGAAGGCCAGUUGGCUGCUUGGUGCCUUAUUGAUCCUUAUGGUUGCUUAACACAUGGCUACACCUUCCCUCAAUAUCGGGGACAGGGAUGGAUUGGACUCAUCCUACAGAAUUUAGGAAGACAGAUGCAUGCUCUUGGCUUUCCUCUGUAUGCUGCAGUUCUGGCAGAAAAUGAACCCUCCAUACGAUCACUACUGAACCAGGGAUUCCACAUUCUUCCUGGGACAUAUUACACACUUAUUUCAACACCAGUCCCCAACCCCAAACAUUAGCAGAAAAGAGUAAUUUCUCAAAAAAUAUAUCCAGAAAACCAUUUUUAUAAUUGUUUUCAAAGAAGAAACAAAGAGAUGUUAGACUGGAGCGAUAAGAUUUAAACGCUUGAUUGGUUAAAUUAAAUAUUAAGUUUAAAGCAUCGGUACUUUAAAGAGCCACAUAAUUCUUAAUUUAUUCUUAAAUAAAGUGGUAUUAUUAUUAUCAGUAUUAUUAUUAUUUCCCAAGCUCAGCAAAACUGAGCUUAGAAAAGUAAAUGCAGUCUACAAACAUUGGAAUCUUCUAGCCAGCAUUAGAAUGAUAGUGAUGUCCAAAAUCUUGGGGUCCAUUUCCUGUUGUGCUGGCGCCAAUCAAUCCCAAACAGAAACAUGCCAAGAUGAGAGAUCCUUUAUUGUUCCAUUGACAUAGAAAGGAUUCCAGGGGAAAACAUCUCAAAAUCCAACAUAACCCACAGCCCGGAAAAUGCAUGUACAUUUUGUAGAUGUUUGAAAGGCACUGGAGAAAAUAAUCGUUUGAUGUAUUGUCAAAGGCUUUCAUGGUUGGAAUCACUGGGGUGUUGUGUGGUUUCCGUUCUGUAUGGCCGUGUUCUAGCAGCAUUUUCUCCUGAUGUUUCACCUGCAUCUGUGGCUGGCAUCUUGAGGAUUCUGGGCCAUACAGCCUAGAAACCACACAAUACCCUAGUCAUUUGCUGUGAUUGGUACAAAUAACAAUCUAUAAUCUCAUUCGUUCAAAAGUACAUUUGUGUUUGCAAGGUGUACAGUUUGCAAAUGGUGUACAGUAUUGCAGGAAACUUAAUAAACCUCUUUAUUGGAGGAAUAA